CCGCGCCGCCCAAUCGGCUCCCGGAGCUGGCACGCUCGCGAUUCAAACUGCGGGUCUGCUGGCUGGCGCGGCCGAGGCCGCCUCUGCGUGCGGGGCUAUGGAGCACCGCAUCGUGGGGCCCGGACCGUACCGGGCCACCAAGCUGUGGAAUGACACUGUGGAGCUCUUCCGGGCCAGGAUGCCGUUACGGAAGCAUCGCUGUCGUUUCAAGAGCUAUGAGCACUGCUUCACGGCCACCGAGGCUGUAGACUGGCUGCACGAGCUGCUGACGCACAGUCAGAACUUUGGGCCCGAGGUGACUCGGAAACAAACGGUCCAGCUGCUCAGAAAAUUCCUGAAGAACCAUGUCAUUGAAGACAUCAAGGGAAAGUGGGGUCAGGAAGACUUUGAAGACAACCGUCACCUCUACAGGUUUCCUCCUUCCUCACCUCUGAAACCAUAUCCAAAAAAACCCCCGUACCAAAAGGAUGUGAUUAAAUUCCCGGAGUGGAAUGACCCUCCACCGUGCACUUCACAGGAGAAUAUCCCAGUGAGGCCGCUCGUGCUGAAUUCUGAGAUGUGGUACAAACGUCACAGCAUCGCCAUUGGAGAGGUGCCUGCCUGCCGACUGGUGCAUCGCAGGCAGCUGACAGAGGCCCACGUGGAGGAGAUCUGGAAGUCAAUGACACUGUCCUAUUUACGGAAAAUCCUUGGUCUUGACUCCUUGGAAGACAUUUUAGACAUCAAGCUUGUCAACGCCAAGUUCAUCAUCCAUAACGUGUACAGUGUCAGCAAGCAGGGAGUCGUUGUCCUUGAUGACAAGUCAAAAGAACUUCCUCAUUGGGUACUGUCAGCUAUGAAGUGUCUGGCAAAUUGGCCCAACUGUUCAGAUUUGAAACAGCCCAUGUACUUGGGAUUUGAAAAGGAUGUAUUUAAAACCAUAGCAGAUUACUAUGGUCACUUGAAGGAGCCUUUACUCACAUUUCAUCUUUUUGAUGCCUUUGUCAACGUAUUAGGUUUGCUGCAGAGAGAGCAACUGGCAGUCGAAGCCUUUCAGAUCUGCUGCCUCCUCCUGCCUCCUGAGAACAGGAGGAAGUUACAGCUGCUGAUGAGGAUGAUGACCAGGAUCUGCCUCAACAAGGAGAUGCCCCCGCUGUGUGACGGCUUGGGCACGAGGACACUGAUGGUGCAGACAUUUUCCCGCUGCAUCUUGUGCUCCAAGGAUGAAGUGGACUUGGAUGAGUUACUGGCUGCUAGGUUGGUGACGUUUCUAAUGGACAAUUACCAGGAGAUCCUGAAGGUCCCCUUGGCUUUGCAGACCUCCAUAGAGGAGCGUGUGGCUCAUCUCCGAAGAGUGCAGAUAAAAUACCCAGGAGCUGAUAUGGACAUCACUUUAUCUGCCCCAUCAUGGUGCCGUCAGAUUAGUCCAGAAGAGUUCGAAUACCAAAGAGCAUAUGGCUCCCAGGAGCCGCUGGCAGCCUUGCUGGAGGAAGUCAUCUCAGAUGCCAAGCUCUCCAACAAAGAGAAGAAGAAGAAGCUGAAGCAGUUUCAGAAAUCCUAUCCUGAAGUCUACCAUGAACGAUUUCCCACAGCAGAAAGCGAAGCACUUGUGUUUCCUGAAAAACCCAAACCCAAACCACAGCUGCUAAUGUGGGCGCUGAAAAAGCCUUUCCAGCCGUUUCAGAGAACGCGGAGCUUCCGGCUGUGACAC